AUGACGGGGAAAUCAGGGUCGGAGCAGCAAAUCCCUGCUUCCGCAGGUCCGGCGGCGGCCGGGGAGUGCGGGGAUGCGACGAGAGACGUCAUAGCGGGGGAGGCAGGGGCAGCGGGGGCAGUGAACACGGCGGACGACGAAGAAAAGCCUCUCCUUGGUGUAGCAGGUGCGGCGGAAGCUCCGCCGCCAGCGGCGGAGACCGCCACAGCGGAAGCGGGGGAGAGAGCGGCGACGCAGGGCGAGGCGGAGAUGGCGGCGGUGCUGGCGGCGAUUCCGCCUGCUAAACGGUCCCGGGAAGAGGGGGAAGAGGUCGCUGUUACUGCUGCGGUUGCUCUAGGUACCAGUAGCGCAGCGCGCGGCGGUGAUGAUGGUGCAGCCGAGGCGCGUGUUCCGGGGGAAAAGGCGGGUGCGGCGGCGGCGGUGGCGGUGGAGGAGGUGAAGACGGGAUCUCAGGAGGGGAUUGGUGGUCAGGGGAAAAAGAAGAAGGCACGGCGGCGGCGCGUGCAAUGGGACGAGGGCAACCUGGCGUACUGGGAGGAGCACCGCACGCCGCGGCAGCGCAUCGACGAGCCCAAGACGCCCUUCCACUCCCUGGGACCUGACUCCGAGGAAGAGCACCUUCCUGGAAGCAGCACGGCAGGUGCAGCCACAGCAGGCACAGGAAGGGCAGGAGGGUCAGGAGCAGCAGCAGUGGCGGCGGUGGUGGGAGGGAGCAGUCGAGUGAGCGAGUGGACUUCAUCGGAGGACGAAGGGGAUCACUCUGAGUUUGAACGAUGGAUGGAGGAGCAAGGCCACACAUACAAAGACCCGGCGACUCUCGCUGCCGCUGUUGCUGCCGGCACUGCUCCAGCCUCCUUACUUGAUGCGGACAUAUACUACAGCACAGGGCGGGACAAGGGGAAGGGCAAGGAGCCAAUGGGGAGUGUGGCGCCGAGCUUCAGGGAGCACAGGAAGCGGCAUUAUGAUGAGUUUAAGAAGGUGAAGCUGCUGCAGGCUGAGAGGGCGGAGGCAGGGGAGGUCGGGGACGAUGGGAAUGGUCUUGUGCAGCAGCACGCAGAACCUGCUGCUGCUGAUCCUGCUGUUGCUGCUGUUGCUGCUGCUGCUGAUCCUGCUGUUGCUGCUGUUGCUGCUAAUGGUGACGGUGGUGGUGAUGUUACAGAUAAACGCACAGCUGCUGGUCUGCAUGGUGAUGGUGACAUUGCUGAUGUUGCUGCUGAUGCUGGUGAUGAUGGUGGAGCAGCUGCUGUGGCUGCUGGCGAUGAGGCGAGUCUAGGUAGGGGAGAGGUUGAAGCUGUGCAAGGAUGCAAAGUGGAUUUGGAGGUGGAGAAGUAA